AUGUACACGCAGUAUGCUACAUGCGAGCCGCGUCCAACCAGGACUUGGAGCCGAGGAUGUUAUCGUGGAGCUUGGCGAUGGCGGUCUGGUGCACGCUCUCUCGCGAGGUACCUGCGCAGCGCAGACGGGACAGGAGGCGCACUCUGCAGCGAUUUGGGCUGCAAGGGUGAGGGUAUCAUGGGCGUUCGUAUUCGAAGACGCAACAAAGAUCAGCGUGAAGGAUCGCUGUCGCGAAAGUUCUCCCCGAAGGACGCUAGUGCAAUGCGACGCGCUGAUUGGCCCAACGCGUCGGGCAGCGCAUGGCUCAGGGACACUGCGACGUUGAAACGGCCCGACUUUGACAUGUUUGAUGCUUCUCCCUCUCCGCAAAAGGCCCGUUUCGCCAGACAGUUCUGCGGCUUGGUAUCAAGGGAAGCUCGUAGAGUGUGGAAAUGA